AUGGUCUGGCCGAUGCAUCAUGCGUCCAACUACUCCCUGCUAGCCAGCGGGGGUAGACGCAGGCGCAGUCUGUGGAAACUUUGCAGAACGCCACUGAUUCUGAUCCUUGUCACCCUGGCCGGCCUCUGGCUCAUGGUGCGGAUACUCUGGCGAAGAGGAAGUAUCCCGGCCAAUUUGUCGCUGUAUCCUGACGCGGAGUCGAUCAGAGGCAAUGUUACUGUCUCUUAUGAUCCGCACGAUCGCCUUUUCAGCCCUCCACUCAGCACUCAGGGCCGCAACAUUGUCGACAAGGAUGGCAGGCGUGUCAAGCUCGUCUCGGUCAACUGGUAUGGUGCCAGUGACAUAUAUAUGAUCCCUGGAGGCCUGGAUAUCCGACAUCGAACCAAGAUUGCCCGCAUCAUUCGUGAGCUCGGAUUCAAUAGCGUCCGACUACCAUAUGCCGACGAGAUUGUUCGCAAGAAUCCUGUCAUCGAUCCCGAACUUCUGGCAGCCAACAAAGACCUCGUUGGGUUUCGAUCAUUGGAUGUCUAUGCUGCAGUCGUCCGCACCCUGACCGAAACAGGCCUCGCCGUCAUCAUCAACAACCACAUCACCCAAGCGAGAUGGUGCUGUGAUGGCUAUCCCUGCGACAUGGGAUGGUCCAACAGUGACCUCGGCCCUUUAUGUCCUGUCCGUCAGACUGAGGAAGAUUGGAUUCAAGAUCUCACAACAGUGAUGAAACCUCAUAUCCACGAUCCGCUGGUUGUUGGUGUGGACCUGCGGAAUGAGGUCCGUGGUUUUACGGGCAGAUUCAUGUGGGACUCCUGGGCAACGGCUGCCGAACAUGCAGCAGAACGACUGCAUCAACUCCAGCCCGGAUGGUUGAUGAUCGUGGAGGGUGUUCAGUCCGCCAAUGAUAUCAGGGGCGCCCAGUAUCGGCCUGUUCGCCUAACACAGGAGAACAAAUUGGUUUAUUCGUCUCACGUAUAUGGAUGGUCAGGAUGGGGAUCCCUGGUGCCGUACUGGUAUCGAACGUACAAGUCUUUCGCCGAUGACAUGGACAAGAACUGGGAGUACCUCCGCCAGACCGACACCGCUCCUGUUUGGGUUGGUGAGAUAGGAGCUCCAAACUUCCCGUCAAGACGAGAUUACCACUACUGGAGGAAUCUCAUGCGGUAUCUGAGAGAGUGCGAUGCCGAUUUCGCCUACUGGGCAAUCAACCCGCGCAAGCCGGAGAGUGAUGCUACUGAGACGUAUGGUCUGCUGCAGGACGACUGGCAAACACCAGUCUACGACUACCGGUUGUUGGAUAUGGCUGCUCUGAGACAGAAAUAG